CUUUCAUCAGCUGUUUUGUCAAUGUUGUUGUUUAGGUCACGAGUUGUGUGACUAAUGACCCGGAGUGUUAUCUCACCUUUCUCCACCUGCUGACUUAAUUACCUAUUGUAACAACGCAACACUCCUCCAUCACCCUAUAGUCACCCCACGUGUACGGAAUCACCUCGUGGGUCGUUACUAUGAGUGUGGAGUUACCUUAUGAAGCUUACAGUCAUCAGGUCGGGGGAUGGCACAAGGGCAAACAGACGAGUGUUCUGAGAGGUGAGAAUGGUCUGAUAUUGAAGCCGCUGAAACUGAAUGCCAAUCCCACGUACAGCCAGGUGAUGAAGGGGACAAAUACCUCGAGCCAGAGCAGUGAUAAGAAGCUGUCCCUCUCUGAUGAAGAUUUGAUUCCAGUGUGUCAAGAUGAACUGGGAUUUUACGAGCGUCUGCAGAGUUCCACCUCCCCAGACGACCUGAAACUGAAGACCUUACUACCCAAAUUUCACGGCGUUCAUCAGGUUAUCAAAGAUGGAGAAGCUGUACCUCAUCUGGUUCUGGAGGAUCUGGCUCAUGGCUUUGAACAACCUUGUGUGGCCGACAUAAAGAUUGGUCGCACGUUCUAUUACCCGGGACAAAAGAAAUACAAAGAGAAGGAGAAGUAUGCCACACAAAGUGAGUCGGGUUUCUGUGUGACCGGCCUAAGAGUUUACCACGUCGAGACUGGCUGCCUCGUCACCGAACUACGACCUGAUGAGUGUAAACGGCUCACAACCGCCCAGGUGUUCGAGGGACUGGAGACGUUCUGCCAACACGACACCAUCUACGGCAACGAUCUCCGCCACGCUCUGGCCGCCGAGCUCAGGCACAUCCACGAUUGGUAUCUCUCCCAGCACAGUUACAAGGUGCGAUGCGGCUCAAUACUCAUGGUGUACGACGCCAAACAGACGUUCCAGUCACCGUCGAGAGACUAUGUGUCGGCAUCUGUAACCGGUGGAGAAAGUUCGCCGAAGACCCUACCUAAGGUGAAGGUGAAGGUGAUCGAUCUAGCCCACGUGCUUUACUCUGACGGCGAGAGAGAUGAAAAUAGUAUAUUUGGCAUAGAAAACUUACUCAAAUUCUUAACCAUAACAGAUCGGUAAAUAAUUGACGGCUCGUUACUUGAAAACGCCGUAUUUGACUGAAGCGACGUACUGUACUGUACUCUGUUAUAUGAUAGAACUGAUCCGUCAAGUAGAGGCUCAUCAGCGUUGUGAUCUUUUAAGAAAUGUCUGAUAUUUACAACUCUUGAAUUUCUCAUUUACACAGAAAACUCACACAUUGGUUACUUAUAAUUUACAUUUCCUUAUUUACAUUUUUUUAUCUUCAUUUACAUUGAAAACUCACAUGAUGGUUAUUAGGUAUUUAUAGCUUUUAGUUUUCUUAUUUACAUUUUUCACUUUUUAUUUACAUUUACAAUACAGUUGUAUACUGUACCUAGAAAAUUAAUGGAUCAUAUGAAGAUUAACCACCCCAGCAUCUUUCACCUUAUACAUGCUGAUGCUACUUGGUUAGGUUAGGUUCGGGUUAAGGUGGUUAAUCUUCAAAGUGAAAUAAGCUUGGGAGGUUAAAUUUAGGUCAGUGUUAGGGUGGUUAAUCUUUAAGUCAAAUAAGCUGGGAAGGUUAAUUUAUGGUUACUGUUAGGGUGAAAUAAGCUAGGGGCUAAUCUUCAGGUGAUCCAAAUUAUCUAACAGUGACUAAGAAUGUAUGUGUUUAUUAACGACUACAACACCGUGUGCCUUAGUGGCCAAUACCAGUAAAAAAAAAAACCUGGGUUAAGACUAUGCUAACCCACAAUCCCACAUAGCUAAGUAAUCCAGAACUGCUGUGAUACUGUUGUGUAAAUACCAACCUAAGACAAUUAACUCAGGAUCCAGGAUAAGUUUAAGAAAUACUAUGUUUCGUAAAUCCCAGUAUUGUACGCUGGUUAGUAUUGCUGGAACUUCACUCUAUGUAAAGUAUUGUUGAAUCUUCACUCUAUCUCGACCUGAAUUUUCAAAGGUUUAUGCAUGUGGAGGACUCAGAAGGCAUAUAACUGGUUCCCUUAAUCCUUAAACUGUGACAUUAUUUGUUGAAGUUAGCUGGGUGGUCAUCAUUAGUGGAUGCUUCAUGUUCCUUGUGUUCCAUUUAGCACAUAAGGGUAGAGUUGCCAAUUAAGGUUUAAGGGUAAACCUUUAACACAAAAAAGAAUUAAGUUUCAUAUGUAAAUUUUCCUCACAAACAUACAUGUAGAUACUUCCAAAUUAAUAACUUUAGUUAAUACAUAAAUGUACACAAGAUGGCUACAAAAUUAAACUGAGACUCUACCUUAAUCAGAUGCAUUCUUCUAACACUUCAGAACCUUUGUGAUACAGGAUUUUAGUUAUGAAAAAUCGUAUUUAGUUUAUUGAUGUGAAUUGUUAGUUAUAGCAAACCAGUGUUUAGUUAUUAAUGUAGAGAGGGAGAGAGUGUGGGUGUGUGUAUUUUAGAGUGUGUGUGCAUGUGUGUUUGAGAGCAAGUAUGUGUUUGUGUUUGUGUGUGUUUGUGAGUAUAAAAGAGAAUGAGAGAGACUUUGUAUACUUUGUAAGUUGUUUUAUAUUGCAUAAUUAUUUUAGAAGUAUGACCUAUCAUUUCUUUUCACCUGUCAGUUUGUGUAGAGUCAAAGGAAAUAAUGAUAGAAAACUCUAGGACCAUCCCAUGAAUCUCCAUCCCAGCUUAUAUCACCUUAAGAUUAACCCCCCCCCCAAAUGGCAAUAGGGUUGAUUAUCUUGAGGUGAAAUAAGCUGGGGUGGUUAUUCUUCAGGUGAUCCAUCGUCUCUAUAAUAAUAAGAGCGGCAAUAUCGCCCUAAACCUGCCCUUAUGAUGUAACACUUACCAAUAAAAGUGUCCCAGUUUCUAUAAUAAAUUAAUCCCUGAAGUCUUACCAACAUUACACAUAUGUCGAUAAAUCAUCCUUGAUAUUAAAUAAAGUUGUAAUAAAUAAUAAACUAUAUAGCAUA